AUGAAAAUGCCUACGCCAAGUGUUGACAGUGUGAAAGUAGCAGUGCGAGUGCGGCCUUUUAGUCAACACGAAAAGAACUCUGGGAGCAAAUGUGUGAUUUCCAUGCAUUCCAGAACCACCACCACUCUACAGGACCCUAAGAAUCCAGAGCAUGUGAAGACAUUUACUUUUGACCUGGCAUAUUGGUCUCAGGAUGGAUUUCAAAAGGAUAAAGGUGAUGUCCUUAUUUCAGCUGAUCCUAGUAGUAAAUUUGCAGGCCAGAGCGAUGUCUUCCACGACCUUGGCAGGGGAAUUCUAGACAGUGCUUGGCAAGGCUACAAUGCAACUCUCCUAGCCUACGGCCAAACUGGCUCUGGGAAAAUAAACAAGGGUAUUAUUCCAACUGUGCGUGAGGAGCUCUUUCCAGCAACUGAGAGCCAGGGGAGAAAUCAAGAGCACCAGGUUGCGUUCAGUAGGCUGGAAAUUUAUAAUGAACAGAUAUGAGAUUUACUGUCCAGAACCAAAAAACCUGGUGGGCUCAGAGUAAGGGAAGAUCAACAGCUGGGCUUUUACCUGGAAGGCCUGAAGUCGGUGCCCUGUGAGAACUAUACCCAAAUUGAAAGGCUGAUGGAACAAGGAACAAAAAUAAGGACCACGGCUUCCACCAAGAAUGCCAGCAGCAGCCGGUCUCACCUGGUCAUCACCAUCCAGUGCAAGCAGAUGGGAGCCAAAUGGACGCCACUGUCCCAAUCUCCAGACAAGGCCACUCUGCGGAAGGCUCCCCCUGGUAUAAUGAGCUGGUGGCAUCUCCACACAAGGCCGCUCUGCAGAAGGCUCUCCCUGAGGAAGGAUCCCCCUGCGGAAGGCUCCCCCUGGUGGCAUCUCCACACAAGGCCGCUCUGCGGAAAGCUCCCCCUGCAGAAGGCUCCCCCUGGCAUAAUGGGCUGGAAUGUGUUUCUAUCACUGGUUUACCACUGUGAAGUUGAGACUCUGAAAAGCUUGUUCCAAGCCUGCUCUCCUGAACCUUCUAAGAAAGGGAGGUGUGGGGAGAAGGGAGUCUGUGGCCUCUGUAGGACCCUCCCCACAUGCUGCCCUGCCCCUCCUCGGGCGAAGGCCGGCCUUGGGAAUCCACCAGCACAGCUCCCCACUGAGUACGGGCAGGAGAUUGGGACUGUCAGGCCUGAUUCUGGGCAGCUGGAGUUGGCAUCAAAGGGCUCCAGGCCUAAGACUGUGUCUAUCUUUGCACAUGAAAGGGCUAAAAAGAUCCAGAACAAAGCAGUGGUCAACACCUGGACACUGAUGAGAGAGUCAUCUGCUGGCCAGAUGCAGAAACUCCAUAAUGUCAGGGAAAUCGAGUUAGGGGCUGAUGCCCUGAGCAACGGGGAGCCGUCGGCCUGUCUCCAGGCAGAGCAGCAGCUGGGGGCUCCUGAUCAGGUGACCCGGGCACACCUGCUGGAGAAGGCCCAGGUGAGCUUCACUCCCGCCACCUGCGGAGGCUCAGCCCAGGGCAGGGGGCUGGGCACAGGCUGCGGUCCGGCUGGCCAGGCCCGAUUGUGGCGAGGCUUUUUCAAUGAAUGUGUAACGUACUCCACCCCACCAUCAGCAAUGCCCCAGCCCCUCUCACCUUUCCUCCCUCCCCAGGCGGUUGACAAGGAGCAGCAGAUGAUGACCUUCCCUCACCUUCUUAACGUCAACGAGGACCCUCAGCUCGCCGGGUUUCAUUCAAGCUGGUACCCAGCCGGUUCAUGUGAUGCCCGCCGGGCUGCCUCAAAUGCUAUCGUGAUUCAAGGUUUGGGAAUUUCAGAUAAACACGCUUCCUUCACAAAUGCCGAUGGUAAAGUGAUGGUCAUUCCACACAGCAAAUGCAAGGUUGCCGUUAACGGGGUGCCCAUCACCACCAGGACAAAGCUGCAGCAUUUGGACCGCCUGAUUUUGGGAUCCAACAGCACCUACCUGUACGUGGGGUUUCCUUCGGAGCGGGGCAGUGAGGACCUCAGCAGGUUCCAUAACGACUUCUUCCAGCUGGAGAGGGCGGCCGUGGAGGGAGUGAGCACAAACUCGGUGAGUGCUGCGGACGGUGGAGACGGCAAGGCAGAUCCCGGUGUCCUGGCUGCGUUCCAGGACUACAUCAAACUGAUGCCGCUGGUUGCAGAAGCAAAUCAAAUGAGUGAAGAGCUGAAGAAGGGACUGAACAUGGAAUCGAAGGUGAAGAAUUUGGCAUCGUCAGAUUCCAGGAGCUAUGACCUACAGAAGGAGGUCUUGGUGAAGGUGACCCACCACGGGACUCACGAGGUGUGGAUAUGGUCAAAAGCCAAGUUCAUCAAUAGGAAAUUCCUAAUGGAGGAACUUUACCAGCACUUUCUAGAUGAACGGCCUGUGGCUCAAGAAGACCACCCUUUCUGGGAUCCUGGCGAGGUCGUCCACCUGGGCUCAGCUCACAUCCGGCUCCAGUCGCUGGCCUACUGCAUGAAGCUGGAGGAGCAAGUGGAGUUUCUGAACUGUGACGGGCUGGAGGAGGCGGUGCUGCGUGUCUGCAUAGCACCCUGCUGCCUCACAGGACAAACGCAUGGCGAGGAGGAUGUGGUUACCGACCCUUUGGAGCUGCUGGGCAAGAGGAUGGAUUUUCAGAUUCACAUUGUCCGGUGCCUUGGCGUCAACUGGAUGAAGGAAGAUGCAAAGCGGGGCAUUCAGAUAGGGGACCAAAUUUAUGACCUUCCAAACACUAUCUAUACCAAACCUGCAUGGAAAAGUGUGAAUCCACAAAUUGAAGAGACUGUCCAAUUUGCAGCCUUAACUGCAUCUCAGGAGUUUCUGAAUUAUUUGCAGACAAAUGCCCUUAUUGUUGACCUAUGGGGCCUUCAAGAAGGCUGCGCUGAGCUGAGCUGCUCCCAGCUGGGCCUCAUGGUCACAGGUGAAGGCCACAUCCUGGUAGACACCAAGAAAAUUUCCACUGUGAAGGAUACAAGCCAGGUGUCAUCAAACCAGAUACCAGAACUUUAUCUGUAGCUGCUCAAGCUAGAGCAGGACCAUUAACAGAGCCUGAGAGAGGAGAACAUGCUUCUCAAAGCAUCACUUGCGGAAACUGCUUCUGGUCAAGCCCAGAAGCCUUCCAACACUCUGAAGAUCAGCGGGAUGACUGCGCAACUGCCAUCCGCCAGGGAGAUGAGCCAAAUGUGCACACAGCAAGCUGGCUCUGACCAAGAGAUUGCCAAGGCUCUGAAGUUCUACCAACGCGUGAACACAGCCAGAGGGCAGCUUUUCAGACUCAGACGGUAUCAACCUCUUGAAGAUGAUCAAAUGCUUCGACCGGUCGUAUACCAAUGGUCACAGAUGUUUAAGGAUUUGGGGGAUCUACCUGAGUCCAGCUUGUGGAAACUGAAAAAUGACGUUGCUCUUAUAGUGAAAAAGAAGAGAGAAUAUUUAUUGCAUAUCAAAUAG